AUGGAUAUGAAGGAAGAGAGAAUUAGAGGCUUAACGAAGCUUAAGAUGGUCAUAACGAAGCUGCAACGUCGUCGAUUUUUCUCGGCAUCUCGAGCUGUAGCUGAUCUCAAUGCUCUUGAGGAUGGUGAAGAGGAGAGUGCAGCAAAUUUGCCAAACGAUGUAAAGAAAGGUCAUGUUGCAGUUGUUGCGGUGAAGGGUGAAGAACCAAAGAGGUUCAUUGUAGAGUUGGGAAUCCUGAAGAACCCGGAAUUCUUGAGUUUACUGGAGCUAGCUGAAGAGGAAUAUGGAUUCCAUCAGAAGGGUGUUUUGGAAAUCCCUUGUCUUCCUGAAGAACUAGAAGAUAUUUUGCAUCAUAAGAAACAUAGAAAA